GGACCGGAGGAGGCCACCAUGCAGUCCUGGAGUCGAGUCAGGGUGGCCAAGUGCCAGCUGCUGGUCACCAGCUCCUUUGUCUUGCUACUGGGCCUUUCUAUGGCCGCCAUGGCAGCUGUCAACUACCUAGGGACACACUUUGCUGUCGUCGGCCGCGCAUCCUCAGACAGGACCCCCUAUGAGGCCACACGCCGCUGGGCCUUCUGCACCAGCAUCAGCCUGGCUGGGCUCCUGACCCUGGGCGCCGUGCUGGGUGCUGUAGCCACCGUGAGGGAGGCCGGGGGCCUCAUGGCUGGGGGCUUCCUGUGCUUUGCCCUGGCGUUCUGCACCCUGGUGCAGGUGGCCUUCUGGAGAUUCCACAACCCUGCCCAGGUGGAGGAUGCCGUGUUAGACACCUACGAUCUGGUGUAUGACCAGGCAGUGAGGAGCUCGUCCGUCACCCUGCGGCAGCAGCUGGUGGCCAUUCAGGACACGUUCCUGUGCUGUGGGAAGAACUCUCCUUUCGGCCUCCUGGGGGGCACGGAGGUCAGUCUGUGUCCAGGAGAGGAGGCCACCAGACAGGGCACCCAGGCCAGGCUGCAGCGUCGCGGCCCGAGCUCCUGGGACCAUUUCCAGCAGCCCUGGGAGCCAGAGGUCCCAACCUCCCAGCCAGCUGAAGUCAGUCCUGCGGCCCAGGGCCCAGCGAACACGGGGGCAGAUAGAUGCACACACGGACGGCAAGCCAGCCUCCCCUCCCCCAUCCCAGCCUUCAGAACAACAUCCCGAAUGUGCUUCCUUUCUGCCGCCGCCCCAAAUGCCAACAUCUUCCCCAGACCCAAAUGCCGCCAUCUGAGUGCUUCAGAGAUGGAGCCCCCAGGCCCCACCGACUUCCCAUCACCCCAGCAUUCGCCUUCGGACUGCUUGGUGGGGGUCAGGAGCUUCCUGAGGACCUACGGAAACAUCGCCUCCACCCUCACUGGCAUCGGCCUGGCCUCCACGGUGUAUGCCGUGCUGCUCAGCUCCUUUCUCUGGUUCGCCUUCCGCUCUGGCUGCGGCUUGGACCGCAGGGGCAAGUACACCCUAAGCCGGAGAGCCCGUGACUGCCGGCCCCAGGAGCCCAGCUUCUUCAGACGCUCCCCGGGGGGGCCCGCACUCCGGCACCCGAUGGAAGCAGACAUUCUUGAUGGCCGCCUGCGUGCGAGCAGACCCUCAGGGGGCCCUCAGUUCCUCCAGGACAGCUGACGCUGCUUCAACCACCUGUCCUGCCACCUGUCGGCCCACAGAGGCUGAGCGGGCCUGAACACGAGCCUUACGAGGAGGGUGCGACGUGUUUUCUGCCGCGGCGCGGAGGGACGGGGAAGGAGAGGAGGAGGCCAGCUCUGUUUCAGCAGACAAGGGGACCGGGGUCACUCACUGACUCCGCGGGAACAGACUGGGAAGUGGUCGGAGCAGAGAAGCCACGGGGCAGGUUUGGGCACUGUGCUUAGUCUCACGAGGUCAGAGCCCAGGGCCGAGCCUGGCCGGGCGCCCCACGGGCCGCCGGCUCCGGGGGACCCUACUUCCAGGCUCAGUCCGGCUGCUGGCUGGACACAGGUCCGUGCGGCUGGAGGACCGAGGGCCCCCUCCUUGCCAGCCGUCAGCGGACCACCUCCGUUCCUUCUCAUGCGAGGCCUUCACGUCCGAGCCGGCGAGGCAGGCCCGUCCUCUUGUGCUGAGACCUCUGACUUCCCCUUGCCCCCGGCCGGGGAGCUCACUUGCAAGGGUUCCUGUGGCUGCAGAAGGCCCACUGGGAACCUCGUGUCUCUGGCAGAAACCCCACACUUCCGGUGGGGUGUUCACAGGUGCCAGGGCCGAAGGCGAGACUCGUGGGGUGUGUGCAGGAGGGCUCCGUAGACGGUCCGGUUUCCAGGCUGCUCCCGCUGGUAGCUCCCAAGCUACCUCUCUCCGUUCUCUCCAACCGUCCCUGAGGGUGUUCACUCUCUGCUCGAAAUCGGAAGUCCCAGGUGGAACCCCGGAUUGGCCCAGCCCAGGCCGAGGCCCCGGCAGAGCUGACCAAGGAGAGAGGAAUGUCGGGGCCGUUUAACCUCCUUCUGGGGAGGUCGGGCCUGCCGCCACCAAGACCAGCAAAGGAGGGUCCUCCAAAAGGGAAGAACCCUCUGUGACAGGACGGGCAGGCAAGACAGUGGACACGUGGCCACACCCCCCACCGUCCUCCUCUUGCGUUUCCCCUCGCACGCCCACGCACACAUGCUUCCGGAGGCAAGCGUGUUCCCACCUCAUGUAUAGCCCGUGGCCCUCCUCCAGUGGAAGAGCUUGUCCCCAGGUGAGGACACCCCAGAGUCUCCUGGGUCCUGCAUUCGGGGACAGCCCAGGGUCUCCGGCCAUGUGCAUUUGUCCUCUAGACCUGCUCUGGUCAGCCUGUCACUCUACAGCUUACAAAACAUAUUUUAUAAUU